AAGCUCUUUUCCGCACAUCCUGGUAAUAGGCCUACACAAUCCUGCUGCCCACAACCAAACAAGCUCAUUUCCCUCUGGUCACGGGUAAAGAUGCAUUGUGGGUUGAAAUAAGAUGCUGGCAGAGCGACGCAGGGAGCGGCUGGUCUGUAGCCAAUGGUGAGCGCUGUGUAGGACGGCAUUGUGAAGAGCCAGGGAUUUUAGCGGGCACCCGUCGGCGUUUAACUUCAUCUUUAUGUUCCUCUCAUAGCGUUAAAGGGGUAUCUGGAACGACGAGCGACCGUUUUCAAUUGCACAUUUCUGUCGCCCGAUAUUGCUGACAAGGCACCAUGACUGACAGGAAGGCCGUGAUCAAGAACGCUGACAUGUCUGAAGAUAUGCAGCAGGAUGCUGUCGAUUGUGCCACACAGGCGAUGGAGAAAUACAACAUCGAGAAGGACAUUGCUGCAUACAUCAAAAAGGAGUUCGAUAAGAAAUACAAUCCGACGUGGCAUUGCAUUGUGGGAAGGAACUUCGGCAGCUAUGUGACCCACGAGACGAAACACUUCAUCUACUUCUACUUGGGGCAGGUGGCCAUUCUCCUGUUCAAGUCUGGCUGAGUGAAGACCAGACCGUAGAAUGUGUUUCCAAUGAAGACUGUGAUGCACUGGUGGCUGAUGUUGUAUCUACCCACACACUACGAAUAUUAAAUGAGACCAUACCAUGACUACGCUGGCUGUGCACAACUGCAUGGAUCAUAUCCUAUACUACUUGUGUACAUGUUGCAGUUCAAUUGCAUUUUAUUAGAAGCCCUUUGUUAACUGACAAUUUUCGUUAAUGGUCCUUCCAAGUUUUUCUUCGCGUAUGUUGGUUGAAAAAGUAUAAUAAAGUUAGAAAAUGUGUAUUGACCAGCACAUUUGUCUACUGUGAAUUUAUAUCUUUUUGGCGACUUGGUGUAUAAUUGAAAAAUUCCAUGCACUAUAUGCCAUUUUGGGGAUGUUUGGGGCAAAGGUCAGAAGCACACAGUUGUAUGGUGGCUAGUCUAUAUAGUUUAUCCCCUGUUGAUAUAAGAAUGUUCUCAUUACCUCUAAUUUCUGUUUCUUUGUUUUUGAUACAGGAGAGAUAUUGCAUUUCAGAGACCCCAUAUUGAUAUUUGACGAUGUCUACCUGAAUAUUCAAUAGAAUGAUGUAUGUAUUGAAAUAUAGAGUUUAGGAACGGAGACUCAUACGUAACUCAUUACAACCAAGUAUCAAGCUAACAGAUUGUAACAGAGCGUGUUGUCUUCAUCUAACUGUCUGCAGAACAGUUUUCUGAAUGUAAUAAGUAGAUGCACAACACAUGUCGUCGGGCAUCUUCCUUUCUGCUGUUUAAUUUAAAAUGAGUAGGAUUUAUUUGCAUGUGUCUUGUUUACGUUCUGAUCCGUGGAUGUCUGCACAAACAUAGAGCUGUAAAGUUUGCACAUAGCACAUGCUGUUUGAGGCUUUCUCUGUUAGUAGGACUGUGACUACAUUUGCACACCGUGAAAGAGUACCCACUCAGGUACCACCACACAUAGCCCUGUCAUGUUAAUAAAAAUGUAUCAUCAA